AUGGUACCAUUCAAGUUGCUGCUUCUCUCCAUCAUACUGCAGCUUGCUGCUACCGAUAUGGUACCAUUCGAUGAUUGGCUCUAUCAAAGAGUGGCUUUGCCGGACGUCAACAUAUACAUCCGCUAUGCUGGAACUGGUCCGCCAAUCUUGCUGGUGCAUGGAUACCCACAACAUUCGCUUAUGUGGCAUACCAUCGGGCCAAAUCUUGCCCAGAAUUACACCGUCAUCGCUGUUGAUAUCCGAGGAUUGGGGCAGUCUACGAUACCGUCUAGUUACGACUUCACUUCCGCUACAGCAUCUGAAGAUCUCAAAGGCGUCCUCGACUUCUUGAACAUCAAUCAGACCUAUCUCGUGGCGCACGACAAGGGGAAUGGCCAAUCCGCUGCACUUAAUGCCAAGUAUCGCUCACUGGUAAAGCGUGCUGCCUAUACCGAAUAUGUUCUUCCAGGCUUUGGCUACGAGAGGGUUUUUCUCCAGAGCUCGGUGUAA